CUGAAUUCAUUCCUUCCACCCUCAAAGAGACGCAGUUCGAACCCUCAUCUCCUCUCCUCUCCUCUCCUUGUGACGUGGUUCGUCUGUCCAACCUCGUUGUUAGACUAGGUUCCGGUUCCUGCAUCGACUCGGUUCUAGAUCUGCGACUGCGACUGCGACGAGAAGGAGGAACGUGGGGUGGGGCGGGGAGAGUGCGAGGGAGGCGCGUAUACAUUAGAGCCCGAAGAAGGAGCGCUGCCGCUGCACUUCUCCCCGCGCCACGUGAGGGACAGGGAGGAGGGGAGAGAGAUUGAGCGCCGAGGUGACAGGUUUCCGAGGUCGUCGAGGCAUUGGGGCGUCGAUCGAUUGGGAAAAAGCGCAGUUUCUUGGGCAGAUCGGUGGUGAUUUCGUCGGCAGCAGUCGAGGAAGAAGAAUCGAGCGGGAAGGAAAAAAGCGGGCGCAGAGGCGGAGCGAGAGAUUAGAGAGAGAUGGAGUCUCUGAUUUGCAGGGCGAGCAAUGUGGUGAUUUCGUGCGGGGCGAUUCGAGGGGAAGUGGGCGGCGUGUCGGGGGGCACGCAGGAGAAGGAGAAGAAGGCGAAAGUGGUCGACAAGGCGCGAGUGGGCGAGAAGGCGUCGCCGGCCUCGGCUGCCGCUGCGGCCUCGAGCGCGAGCGGCGGAGGAGGGCGAAGCUACACGAGCCUGGCGCCUCUGCCGUUUCCGCCCGCUCGAUCGUUGGUGCCGGCGCCCUUGCGCUUCCUCUGGUUCUCGAACAGCGGCAAGAACGAGGAGCCCGGGAGCAGCAGCGGUAGCAGCGGAGGCGCGAGGGAUGGCAGGCCGAAGGAUUCGACACCCCGGAAUGGCGAUGGGGAUGUUGAUGGCGCCGCGCAGCCCGAUGGUGGCGCUGCUGCGGAGAGCGAGCAGCCCUCGGAGGACGCCGAGAGCCGAAGUAGAAUGCCGGGGGCUGGCGAGGAGGGUUUGACGAGCAUGGGAUUGCUGGACGCGGAGACGGAGCGGGAGAGGAGAAUCGACGCGAUUAUUGACGGAUCCGUGCGGGAGCUCGGCAAAUUUGAGAACGGGAAUGCUGCCAAGAGGUGGAUCCAGAAUUUGCUCAGCGUCAACUUCCUCAAGAAGAGUCCCCGCAUCGAGGUCAAGGUCCCGUCGCUCGAGGAAGCCCCGGCUGCCGAUGACCUUCAGGCUGCUAUUGGGGCGGUCGGCAUCGCCGCGUCCCCUUCGAGCGUCUCUGCCAGUUGCGAGACUAUCGUCUCCGUGGCCGAUGAAAGCGCUCCGGCCGGAGCCAAGCAGACCGCGAGGUGUGUCGGUUGCGAGGCCGAGAUCGGGAACAGUUGUGCAGUCGAUCCCGCUGCCAAUCCUCUGUCCACUCUCGAAGUGGCCCAUCUCAAUGUUACUCAUGAUCUCGAGUCUUUCUCCAAGUUUUUGCACCAAGUCCCGCUGUCGGAGUUGAGAAUUAUCUCCCAGACUUCGUACUUGAGCAAUUUGGCGUACGUCAUUCCCGAAAUUCAGGCAGGUGAACUGGCCAGAAUUCACCGUCUUGUGUUCGUUACUUCAUCCAUAGAGAUCAAAGCCAAAGCACUUGCAGAAGAAAAAGAAGCCGCCGCUGCUAAAGGGGAGACCGACAAGAGUGAAGCACAAAGUGAAGCCAAACAAGAAUUUUACUUAAGUCCCGCAUCUGCAUAUGCACUUGCUGCCGCCGCCGCGUCUUUCCUAAAAUCAGAGAAGAAAUCUAGACAAGCAGCUCCGCAAAAGAGUAUGGGUGAUUCAUCAGAUCAGACUACAGGUACGAAAUCUGGCGAAACAACAGAAAACGAAGGUCUGGCAGGUCCCAAUACAGAUGUUAUUCAAUCGUCAAGCUCGAAGGCCUCGGGGGAAGGCGAAAAAUCCGAAAAGUCCCAAGGCGAUCGGGAGGAAGUUCCAGACAUGCCUUCGUUCAUGCGUCCAGUUACAUCCGUUGUUUCAGCUGAAAAAGAAACCAAACAAGCCAUGGCUAAAAAUCUUCGUUCUCUACAUACUUGUCCUUGCGAAUGGUUCGCGGUGGAUGAAAAGAGCGGCCCCACUCGGAUUUUCAGCAUUCAGGGUUCGGAAUCCUUUGCAUCCUGGCAAGCGAAUCUGUUGUUCGAACCGAUAGAAUUCGAGAAUUCUGGUCUGGGAGUUAUGGUCCAUCGGGGUAUAUAUGAAGCUGCCAAGGGUUUAUACGAGCAGGUUCUUCCUUACGUUUUGGAGCAUCUGAAAACUCACGGCGAAAGCGCACGCAUCCGUUUUGCGGGGCAUUCGUUGGGCGGCAGUUUAGGCAUGCUACUUUCUCUCAUGUUACACGUUCGUGGUGUGUUGAAUACCAGCAACCUCCUCCCUGUGUACACCUAUGGAGCACCGUACAUCAUGUGCGGUGGAGACUAUCUACUGAAAAAAUUGGGCCUCCCUUUGACACAUGUUCAAAGUAUAGUUAUGCACAGGGAUAUUGUGCCUAGAACUUUUGCAUGCAACUACCCGGACCAUGUGGCGGAAGUCCUGCGGCGUGUCAAUGGCACAUUUCGCGACCACUCGUGUCUCGUACGCCAGCGGCUUCUGUAUGCACCGAUGGGACAGUUGAUGGUGUUGCAACCAGACCAACGACAAGCUUCCUUCCAUCCGCUGCUUCCGUCAGGAAGCGGGUUGUACCUGAUCAAACACCGCAGCCACAACGAGAACAAGACAGCUGACGGAUCCGUACCAUCUCGCGAAGUUGAAGUCCGAGCCGCUCAAAGAUCAUUCUUGAACCAGCCUCAUCCUCUCGAAAUUCUCAGCGAUCCAGGUUCCUAUGGUUCAGAGGGAUCCAUCUCAAAGCAUCACGACCCUCGCAACUACUACGCUGCCAUCAACAGCGUCUUGCGGUCUGAGAUGAGAAGGUGGAGACGCAUCCAGCGGGAGCGAAGACGUCAGCUAUGGUGGCCUUUGGUCAGUGCAGAAUCCUCGCAUGUUCUUGAAGCUGGAGCAAAAUCGGGGGUGAUUACCGAGCAGGGCCCAUCCAAGGGUGUGAAAAUCAGUCAGGGUAUGGUGUGCGGCCCAACCGGGCAAGGGCACUUUGUGAGUGACUUAGCUGCUGGACGAGCCACCUUUCCUAUCUCGGUUUCCGAAUCUUGCAAGGGCAGGUUCAGCAGAUACAAGAGUUUGAUUGCCUCGCAGCAUGUGCAUAUGGGAAUGCUGCUCAUUUUGUCAGCCAGGAUGCUUAUAGUACAGGGUUUCUCAGUAGUUCUAGCCUGGGUGUGAUAGCCUGGGCUGGGCAGCAGUGACAGACUGUGUUAUUGUGUUCUGCCGAACGGAGUGUCCCCUCAGUGAUAUUAUUCAACCAUGAUUAUUCAUGCCAAGACCGCCGUCGGUCCAUGUUCGCCCAGCUCAUCGCUGGAAGUCUCCUCCUAUUCUUUGCGUUGCAGGUACCGAGAAGGAACCGCCGAAACUAACUCUCGACACCUUCCUUCUGUGACGAGACCCUGAAAAUUAGGAAUUUACUUGUCCCCCAUAGUUAAACUUUAUCAUUCAUUUCUGCAAUAGUGCAGAGAAUUUUGUACAUAAGAGACCACCGUGCGCCAUCAACGUGUGUAUGUGUGAGUGUUAUGGUAUGAGAGUUAUGGAGUCCUUCCAGCUUCCUUCGCUUUUGCUUUUCUCAUCGUGUUCCCGACGACUUGGCAUCCCGGCAGCCUCUGGAUUCCAUAAAUUUUUUAUUGAGAAUAUCGGCGUGGCAUGUUUCUGGCCCUGAAAUCAAAUUUUCACUGAG